AUGUCGGGGGGCCAGGAAACGCAGUAUGCGCGUGCCGGGAAGGCCGACGGCCAAUCUUGUGGGGACAAGGAGCCACGCCCCUCAGGCUCCAUUCAAGUAUCGCCAAGUCAGAGGAUCCUCCUGGAGCUUCUCAUUGGUCGCCACCGCUAUUAUGCUAAUCAGGGGGAGUCCUGGCCCAUAAAGGUUCCAGCAGUUGAAUUUGGCGCUACUUCUAUUCACUGCACAACCAUGCCCACGGACACUGAGAAGGACAUGAGUGAGUUCAUGAUGCUCACCAAAGAAAAGGACAUGAGUGAAUCCAUGAUGCCCACAGACAAAGAAAUAGACGUGAGUGAGUCAGUGCUGUGUGGCUGCAAGCUGCCGCUGUGGCUGGGGCUCCUGCUGUUCCUGGCGGUGGUGGGGCUGCUUGUGCCCCUGAUCUACUUCGCUGUCAGGGCCAACAGCAAGGCCUGCAUGGAUGGUCUCCAAGCACAGAAGGAGUGUCAGGAGCUCAACCAACAGCUGCAGCGCCAGCUAAACCAGCCCCAGGAAGUCUUACAUGAGAAGGAAGCCGAAGCUGCCACGUGCAAACAGACUGUGGUGACCCUGAAGGACUCUCUGAAGAAGGAGCAGGCACGAGUGGAGGAGCUUCAGGGAGGGUUGGCGAACUUGAACCAACAAGUGGAAGACCUUUCCAAGAAACGAAGAAGAAAGAGUGAGGACUCAGCGGAGGAUUACGCCUCUAGCUUCUUCGACCUGUUCCUCGUUUCUUGCAGUGUGGUGACGACCCCGGUUGUGUUCAUCAGCUGCAAGUGUCUGAAGAAGUGA